AUAAGAGGCAGCCCGCCAGCCCUCUCAAAGUGACGCCCCGGACAGGUCUUGACUUCGACUUCCGAGAGGAGGCUGCUACAAAUUGGGACUCUGCCUCCUCCGCACAACGCCCUCCCCCCUCACCCCCACAGCCGCUUCCCGCCCCGAAGCCCCGGGCGGUUCGCGGGCUGCCGGCUACCACGCCCCCGGCCCGGAGGUCGCGAGCCGGCGGGCGCCCCGUCGGCCCAGGCUUCCUCCUCGAAACCCUCCGGCGCGCAUGAGGCCGCUGCCCCCGCCGCAGGCGCUGGCGCCCCCUUCGCGGUGCCCGUGGUGAUGCCAUGCCCCGCCACCACGCGGGAGGAGAGGAGGGCGGCGCCGCCGGGCUCUGGGUGAGGAGCGGCGCGGCGGCGGCGGCGGCGGGCGGGGGGCGCCCGGGCAGCGGCAUGAAGGAUGUGGAGUCGGGCCGGGGCAGGGUGCUGCUGAACUCGGCGGCCGCCAGGGGCGACGGCCUGCUGCUGCUGGGCACCCGCGCGGCCGUGCUGGGCGGCGGCGGCGGCGGCAGAGGCGGCGGCGGCGGCGGCCUGAGGGAGAACCGCCGGGGCAAGCAGGGGGCCCGGAUGAGCCUGCUGGGGAAACCGCUCUCGUACACCAGUAGCCAGAGCUGCCGGCGCAACGUCAAGUAUCGGCGGGUGCAGAACUAUCUGUACAACGUGCUGGAGAGACCCCGCGGCUGGGCGUUCAUCUACCACGCGUUCGUUUUUCUCCUUGUAUUUGGUUGCUUGAUUUUGUCAGUGUUUUCCACCAUCCCUGAGCACACAAAAUUGGCUUCAAGUUGCCUCUUGAUCCUGGAGUUUGUGAUGAUUGUUGUCUUUGGUUUGGAGUUCAUCAUUCGAAUCUGGUCUGCUGGGUGCUGUUGUCGGUAUAGAGGAUGGCAAGGAAGAUUGCGCUUUGCCCGGAAGCCCUUUUGUGUUAUAGAUACUAUUGUUCUUAUCGCUUCAAUAGCAGUUGUUUCUGCAAAAACUCAGGGUAAUAUUUUUGCCACGUCCGCACUGAGAAGUCUCCGUUUUCUACAGAUCCUCCGUAUGGUGCGCAUGGACCGCAGGGGAGGCACUUGGAAAUUACUAGGUUCAGUGGUUUAUGCUCACAGUAAGGAAUUAAUCACAGCUUGGUACAUUGGCUUUUUAGUUCUUAUUUUCUCAUCAUUCCUUGUCUAUCUGGUGGAAAAGGAUGCCAAUAAACAGUUUUCAACAUAUGCUGAUGCUCUCUGGUGGGGCACAAUUACAUUGACAACGAUUGGCUAUGGAGACAAAACUCCCUUGACUUGGCUAGGAAGAUUGCUUUCUGCAGGCUUUGCACUACUUGGCAUUUCAUUCUUUGCACUUCCUGCUGGCAUUCUUGGCUCAGGUUUUGCAUUAAAAGUACAAGAACAGCACCGCCAGAAACACUUUGAGAAGAGAAGGAACCCAGCAGCUAACCUUAUUCAGUGCGUUUGGCGUAGUUAUGCAGCUGAUGAGAAGUCUGUUUCCAUUGCAACUUGGAAGCCACACUUGAAGGCCUUGCACACCUGCAGCCCCACCAAGAAAGAACAAGGUGAAGCAUCUAGCAGUCAGAAGCUAAGUUUUAAGGAGCGAGUCCGCAUGGCUAGCCCAAGGGGCCAGAGUAUUAAAAGCAGACAAGCCUCAGUAGGUGACAGGAGAUCCCCGAGCGCCGACAUCACAGCCGAGGGCAGCCCCACCAAAGUGCAGAAGAGCUGGAGCUUCAAUGACCGAACCCGCUUCCGGCCCUCUCUGCGACUCAAAAGCUCUCAGCCAAAACCAGUGAUAGACGCUGACACAGCUCUUGGCACUGAUGAUGUGUAUGAUGAAAAAGGAUGCCAGUGUGAUGUAUCAGUAGAAGACCUCACCCCACCACUUAAGACUGUCAUUCGAGCUAUCAGAAUUAUGAAAUUUCAUGUUGCAAAACGAAAGUUUAAGGAAACAUUACGCCCUUAUGAUGUAAAAGAUGUCAUUGAACAAUAUUCUGCUGGUCAUCUGGACAUGCUGUGCAGAAUUAAAAGUCUUCAAACACGUGUGGAUCAAAUUCUUGGAAAAGGGCAAAUCACAUCAGAUAAGAAGAGCCGAGAAAAAAUAACAGCAGAACAUGAAACCACAGAUGACCUCAGUAUGCUUGGCCGGGUGGUCAAAGUUGAAAAACAGGUACAGUCCAUUGAGUCUAAGCUAGACUGCCUACUAGACAUAUAUCAACAAGUUCUUCGGAAAGGCUCUGCCUCAGCCCUUACUUUGGCCUCAUUCCAGAUCCCACCUUUUGAAUGUGAACAGACCUCUGACUAUCAAAGUCCUGUGGAUAGCAAAGACCUGUCCAGUUCUGCACAAAACAGUGGUUGCUUAUCCAGAUCGGCUAGUGCCAACAUCUCCCGAGGCCUGCAGUUCAUUCUGACGCCAAAUGAGUUCAGUGCUCAGACUUUCUACGCACUUAGCCCAACUAUGCACAGUCAGGCACCACAGGUGGCAAUGAGUCAGAGUGAUGGUUCCACAAUGACAGCCACCACCAACAACAUUGCAAACCAAAUAAAUGCAGCACCCAAGCCAGCAACCCCUACAACCUUACAGAUCCCACCUCCGCUCCCAACCAUUAAGCAUCUGCCCAGGUCAGAGACCCUACAUCCAAACCCUACAGGCUUACAGGAAAACAGUUCUGAUGUCACCACCUGCCUUGUUGCCUCCAAGGAGAAUGUUCAGGUUGCACAGUCAAAUAUGACCAAGGACCGUUCUCUGAGAAAAAGCUUUGAUAUGGGAGGAGAAACUCUAUUGUCUGUCCACCCCAUGGUGCCCAAGGAUUUGGGCAAAUCUUUGUCUGUACAAAACCUGAUCAGGUCGACAGAAGAACUAAAUAUACAGCUUUCAGGGAGUGAGUCAAGUGGCUCCAAAGGCAGCCAAGAUUUUUAUCCCAAGUGGAGGGAGUCUAAAUUGUUUAUAACAGAUGAAGAGGCAGGUCCCGAAGAGACUGAGACAGACAAUUUUGACACCAUUUAGCAACCAGCCAGGGAAUCUGCUUUUGCAUCAGACUAAGGACUGGAAGAUUGCGAUCAUCUCAGAGCAUUUGUAAGGCAGGAGAAAAGUACAGAUGCCCUCGGCUUGCCUCAUGUCAAACUGAAAUAAGUUUUUUUGUUUCCUUUCUAGGCAUAGCAGUUCCUUUAGCCAUACAUAUCAUUGCAUGAACUAUUUUGAAAGCCCUUCUAAAAAGCUGAAAUUGUAAGAAUCAGGAAGAAUGUGAAAGGCAGUCUUUAAGCCCGUUAUAUUUUAAUUGCAUGAAAAUGCAUGUUUAGGGAUGGCUGAAAUGCUAAGGUACAUCACCACUAACCCAUCACUUAAUAACGUACCUUGAGUUUAAAAUCUUACAAAAACCAAACACUGCUAAUACAAUGAAGUGUAUGAAAUGCCAAGAUUUGGUCAUUUAGAAGAUUUGACUCUGUAUUUUGAAAUCAUGGGAGUGAACACCCUCAAAUUUCAGCUUUGUAAUUAAGUACAAAAUACACUUUUAAUCAGGCCAUCCUGUAUAUUUAAACACAAAGGCUAUUACCAACAGCUGCUAACACGGUGUCCAGUUAAGCAGGAUUUGAGAAUAAUAGAGAUGGCUGCUUGUUUUAAGAUAUAUUUGCCAACCCAUUCCUAUCCAGCUGUUUUAUUAUUAAUGUAAUUUGAAUGCCAACUUGUGUGCUUUUGGUGAUUUAACACUGUGGGCAAGCAAUUUUGCACAUCUUUAUUACAUUUUUCUUUACAGAAAGUGUUCUUCAAUUAGAAAAUGUGCAUAGUGAAAUUUAGGGCCAGUGGGGCACACUGACUAUAUUUGACACAUUUGACUCCAUAACAUAUUCCCUCACAGCUGAAUCAACUUUAUAAACUGUCAGUUUCCACACAAAAUGUUGAUGAGUAGAAUGGCCAGCGCUUUUAGCCUGAUCUCUCUGCAAUGGUACCUCCCAAGUCUUGCCAAUACUGCCCACAAAAAAGGGGAGUGUGCAGAGCUAUUCCCACUAACUGAUAAGCAGCGUCCCAAGGACUGAGACAUCUGAUUCCAAACAAGAUGGGAAAGGUCUGAAAUGAAUCCAGAUGCUACUGGAAGUUGGUGAAGUUAAAGAAAAUGACUGUCCUCCACACACAUACCUUCAAAGGGCAGUGAGAAAGAAAUCAAAAUCAAAGAACUUGACUUUGGAAAAUUGUUGUCUCUAGGAAAUCUAAACCCCUUAUUCUUAUAAAUAAACUGAGAGUUUUGCAAGGUAUUUUUUUAAUAGGCCUUGGAGGUUUUUUGCUAUUAUAUAGUGCAUUUUGCAUAUGAAAGGCUAAACUGAACCUCUUUUACUUUUUGUACUGUAGUGAACAUUUUCUAUUCUCCCCAAGAAUACUCCCUCAAAUCUGAAAUUAUUGGUUCUGUUUCUUGUUUUAUUAGCAGCUACGAACCAGGUAAUGCCUGCAGGAUUUACAAAUCAAAGCAUUUAACAGUACCAUGGCAGUAAAAAUGCCAAAGGAAACAUGGGAAAAGAUAUAUUUAACAUAAAGUAAGAAAGGCCAACUGUUCAUUAGAAAUUAGUCUAAUUGUCUCAGACCACCAAAAUGUUGAACUGCAAAAUAAUGGGGAAAAAAAAGAAAGAAAAGGUGAGCAAAAAUGAGAUAGUACUUCUAUUCCACUAACUCUAGUCACAGAAGUUCUUAGAAGAGAAAGAGUUCUUUAUUUUCACGAGAAUAAUGCUAACUACUAAACUACCUAUUAAAGCAUCUCUAGUAGCCAAGAGAAAAGAUCAUUGGCUAUCCAUAGGAAGAAAGUUGACCCUUAAAUGUAUCGACCGACCUUUCCCCAGACUCUCCCCAAUAGGCUUUCUCCAUCCCUGACCCCCUCUACUAUCUUUCUCCAUUAGCCAUUUUUUCAUUCCCUGCCACUGUUUUGCUUCAGAACUUCACAAGGCCUUAAUUAAUCACCAACCCCCAAGUAAACAAUUUCUCCAUUCUACCUAAAAUGUACUUCUCAAUUUUUUCAAAAAUUUGUCCCUUCUGGUAAAUGCAGAAAAUUUUAAAACUUCCUCAUCUUUCUCUACUUUCAUUCUAGCACUCCCAGGAUCUCCUUGUUUAGUAUCUUCUUGGCAUCUAAAUUUUACAGCCCAACUAAAAAUAUUUUAUCAACUUUUUAGAAAUUUUCACUUUCAAUAUACAGAAUGUUAGUAAAUAACUAGAUGUAAUUUUUUCUGUCCACUCCUGUCUUCUCACACCCUGAAGUUGUGAUAAGUCCUCCCAAGGAGGUUGUGAACACACAAAAACACACACACAUACACAUUGAUCUAAACUCAGUUACAUUGCACUUGGCAAAUAUUAUUCAAGGAAGAUGGAGGCAUCUUUAGGUAGCACUGAUUUUUGGACAUAGUCUGUCCUGGGUCUAACCCCACUGGCAGCAAGAAUUCUGAAUGUACUGGGGAUCCCUCUUUAGGCCUCAAACACAGUGCAAUCCCUCCAGCAUUGCUAAAAACUAAAGACUCAGAAACUAGGUCUACACACAUCACUGCGGUCUUAAUCAUAGCAAAAUGUGAUAAAUUAUGUUGUGAAAAAAAAACACUGAAUCUAUGGCCACUUUGUGUCUAAUGUACUCUAGUACAAAAAAAAAAAUUCUUGGAUGUUAAAAAUUCCUUGUGUGAAAACUGUAGGGUUCUGUCUGUUCUGUUACUCUCUGUAGACUUGACAGCAGUCCCUCCAUUUAUGCUUAGCAAAGUUCCAUUGGUCAGUCCCAAAUGGUGUUUUGAAGCACAACUAAACUGAGCACUGAGUACCUACAUGAUUUCUCAGUUCAAGUUUGUCUGUUUCCUUCAAUGUAGAGAGUUGUUAAAACUGAACACCUAAUUGCAAACAUCCCUGAUAUGACAUUAACUAAAAAAGUUUGGGCUAUGUCUCAGCUACAUGUUUGCAUUUUUUGCAGCUAAAUUAAUAUUUGUAUAUUCAAAGUUUUGUUUAAAACACUUCACUGAUUUUUUUAAAUCGAUUCCUCCUGUUCUAAGGUGCCUUUCUUACCUCCCAUUGACUCCGUGAUUCUGAAAGUUCCUAAAUUACAGGUCAAACAGUCUAAGAGGAGGAAAUCAGGCACAAAGUGACAUUUCAUACUCAUUUGCAAAGCAAAACUAUAAGGAAUUAAAAAGCCUGAACAACUAAAUUAAUGAGUAAUUUCAUUCAAUUAGAUUAAGAAACCACAUAAUUGUUAACCUAUCUCCCCAGAAGCUGGUACUUUUUUGCCUUAAAUAACAUGGCUGUGUUUUAUUAGAGAAGUUUAAUUAUGUGCUUUUAAGUGAACAGUUCUGAAAGUCAUAUAUGACAAUACAAGUGUCUACUUCCUGAAAACAAAUAAAUCAGAAAUAUUGUAUCCAUUUCAAGCUUCUAUUAAAAUGUAAUUUCCUUUGCUCUCUUUAA